AGCUGAGAUCAUUUUGUAAAACGCCUGUCACAUUACUUGAUUGUUAAUGCAAUUGUGCAGUUAUUCACUACGCUUAUUGAUACAGGCGUCCAUUUAUAUCAAAUCCAUCACAAGACAUCUGAAUUAUGUCCCAGUGGUUUUAUUCUCUCAUCCGCAUUAGUGGUAUCUUAGCAACAGAGAAGAGAAAAAAGUAAACAAUGUCUUCCGCUUGCGCCCAACUUCUUUCUCGACAGGUAACUCUGUAGCUUAUUCAUUUUAUAUAACUUUCAUCUGAUUCAACACGAACCUACAGCAGGCCUCAGGCCAUAACGUUAGAGUAGUUGCAAAUAGCCCAUGUUUACAAUAAUACCCUCAAAUGAGGAUACUUAGGGGCCACGAUGAUUCUUUUGUCAAUUUAAACUUUGCCUUAUUUUCGCUAUUUUUGUAAAAUACUGGCUUGAUUUACUUUUGCAGGUCUCAUUGAAUGUAUCACCUGAGUGAUAGAAAAAUCUCUAUUGAAAUAAACGUUACAGUCUUAAGUAAGUUGAUCAUGUUUAAGCCAAUAUAGACAAACACUAUGAUGUAAAGUUAUGUUAUUUAACAUUAACUUGUGGAAAUAUUCCAACAUUAAUAUUUUAUUAUGUUUAUCUUUUUCCUGCCAUCCAGUGACAUUAUGUCUGCAAACAGGACAUCAAUGUUUGCAAUGACAAAGAUCCAAUCAGAAGAUUCUCAAAACCUCCAUGAUGUCUCACAGAAGGAGCUGCUCUCUCACGAGGCUCAAUGCAUCUCAAGCAUUUUGGAAAACCGCAUACGUCUAGUUGAGAUUGCAACUAAUCUGCCUGCUGUCCUCGCGUUAAACAGUGUGUCCGGUAUUGUAGACAAGCAAUUGAGUCGGGCAAUUAAAGAGCAUCAAAUAUUAAUUAACAGACUGGAGGCACUUGAUAACGUGAAGCAGUCAGAUGGAGAACUCGAUGCAAAUGUUGGUAAAGCACAUUCGCUGCUUAUGAAGGAGAUCAAGAACUCUGUCAGGGAUCUGCUCAGGGCUGCACAAGCCCAUCCAGAUGCCAUUUGUGGAUUGGGGGCAGAGCAACGUAUGAAACUAGGGGAAAAUCAGUACAUGCUAAUUAAAGGGCUUGAGAAGUUUCACAGCAAUGUGGUAGAAAAGUUGCGGACCAGUCUGGAUGAGGAACUACGCCAUAUUCUCCAGAAGCAGGCGUCCUCAUCCCCCGACCCAGAAAUGGAGGGGUUAGUUCAAGAAGAAGAAGAAUUAGCCAGACACACAAAGGAAAUAGAUGCAAAGAUUACUCAGAAGAAUGAUGAGAUAAAACAUUUGCAGCAUUCUCUGAAAGUGAACAGCGGCGAAGAAUUGGAUGUGUCACUUCUUGCCAAGAAGCAGUUCCAGUCACAUGACAAUUUGUCAAAGAUCAAGCAAAAUAGUAUACAACAAGAGAUUGAUCAACUGAACAGUCAGCUCAACAAUUCAGUCCUUGAAAACAGGAAGGUAGAGAAAGAACUCCAAGAGAAAAAUGACACGAUGGAGAAAGGAAUUGAAUACUUGAUCCAAUUAUUUGAUGAUGAAAUAGAAGAAAAACAGGCCAAACUAGAGUUGAAUCAAAUGGAAAACGAAAGGGAGGAGGCGCAGCUGAAGAAGCUGGAAAAAACCUUUUCUGCCCUGGAGGUGGAGUAUGAUCAGAUCCAGGAGAAGCGUCGGCUGGCAGAGGAGAAGAGAAAGGAGGAGAUAAGGGAGCUGGAGUUGAAGACCAAAGCUGCCAUUUUAAUCCAAGCCUGUUGGAGAGGUUACAUCACUCGUAAAUCCUUAAAGAACAAGGGCAAAAGCAAGAAGCCCAAAAAACCUAAAAGCAAGACAAACAAAAAAAAACUCUGAAAAGUGUCUCACUUAAUAUUCCGUAUGUGUGUGAUGUAUGUGUUGUUUUUAAUAAAAUACUUCCUGAUUUAAA